AUUCUUUAAACGCUGCUCCUGUACAGUUUCUCGUAGUAUUCAAUUUUCCCUUCUGCAGAGCCGGCUCUCGCUGCACCAUUCCACGGAAAACGGCAGCUCCCAACCCAACCUUUCAGUAACAUUUCCUGAACAGAACGUGCAAUAUAAUUGCACUCUAGUACACCUUUGGCGGCAUAUAUACGAGUACAAUUGACAAGCAAUACUCGAUCUCAACUCCCUAGUUUGAAGUCUGCAAAUCUCACACGAAUCACAACAGAAACUUGAGUUUGUUUACUCUGCCUUCUAUACGUUUGCCUUGAAUAUUAAGAAUUUCCGUUUGAGGAGAAUGCCGCACACGCACGAGCAUAAAGAAAUCAAGGAGGUCCGCACAUCCGAUGGUCAUCUGGUGGAGUCAAUCAAGAACGUCUCGUCCAGCACGCAUGUCGACUCCGACACCCUGGAUACGGCGGUCACCCGUACGACCAUCAAUGCACCGCUCAUCCAUCCAACGACCACCGCGGUAUCCGUGAAUGCCGUCAGCGGAUUGGCACAGGAACUGCUGGGCGAAGGCCUGACCGCCUCGGUGGAGCGCGUGACAGCGGGAGCGCGUGACGAGAUCAUCUACGAAACGCCGGAGCAGUUGGAAAGGAAGCGGGAUCGCGAUGAAAAGUAUUACCGCGAAAAGGAGAAGAUUCGCGAGAAGCAUGAAAAGGAGAUAGCCAAGUUGACGGAAGACUAUCGCGAGAAAACCGAAAAGGAGACGGCGAAAAUUCGCAAGGAAAUGGAGAAACAACAUGAACGGGAUGUGGAAUUCCGGAGCAAAUUGGUAGAAGAUGCCAUUAAACGGCAAAAAGAAGAACUGGAACUGGAAGCCAAAUUCGCCAAGAAAGAACUGGAACGACAACGGGAACUGGCGCUGGAUGCACUGGAAAACAGCCGCAUGCACACGGAUAUCUCGGUCAACAUGGAUACCACGGCUGGACAUACCGUCAGCAGCGGUCAUGUUGACAAAUAGGUCAUGAAAGCAAAUAAUCAUAAUCCUUCAAUCACAAUUAAAGCACCACUUUCACAUCAAAACUGGAAAUCUUUCGACACUAAGAUAAACACCUUUCUCUGGCGUUGUAAUGCGCCGAUUUAUUCGCACGUACGCAUUUCCCGAGUUCAUUUGAUUUUUUAAUCACAACGAUGUACAAGGAUGUACGGUACUAUUUGCACUUCUCAAUAUGGAACGUAAUUUAUAACCGGAGGACAGGGAAUUCUUUAUGUCUCAUGGGUGAUUAUUGUGCCCCGUACGAAUGCCGUUGCAGAUUUUUGAUGCUUUAUCAAGUGCCAUUUUAUG